GAUAUAUUUGACUAGUUAAACUCACAUGGAAAAGUUGGGACAAUAGGAAACUGAGAAAACAAGCAAGCCGAUGCAGCUAAAGUUCCAUCAGUAUACACUCUCCAAGCACACAAUACUCAACCAAAAAUAUCUUAAAUUUUCACUUUUCUCCUUUGUGUCAUUUUCACAAACAGUUGAUGUGCAGCACAAAAGUUCAAGCUAAAACCACUGAGCCCGUUAGACUGAUCAAUGGGGGAUCGACAAAGGAAAUUGAUGAGUGAAGGUGUGGUAACAUAUGCAUACAUACUUCUCUAUAUUGCCCUUUCCAGUGGUCAGAUCUUCUUCAACAAGUGGGUUUUAUCAUCAAAAGAAAUAAACUUCCCGUAUCCUCUUGCGCUGACGCUACUUCACAUGGUCUUUUCCUCAGUACUAUGUUUUGUGCUUACCAAAGUUCUCAAGAUAAUGAAGGUUGAGGAAGGAAUGACUCUAGACAUAUACAUUAGCUCAGUCAUCCCAAUUGGUGCUAUGUUUGCUAUGACGCUUUGGCUUGGGAACACUGCUUACCUUUAUAUAUCUGUUUCAUUUGCUCAGAUGUUGAAAGCAAUCAUGCCAGUAGCUGUCUUCAUCCUUGGAGUUGCAGCUGGACUCGAAAUGAUGAGCUGCAGGAUGCUUCUCAUAAUGUCUGUAAUCAGUUUUGGCGUACUAGUAGCUUCUUAUGGGGAAAUAAACAUUAACUGGGUUGGUGUGAUCUACCAAAUGGGAGGUGUUGUUGGAGAAGCUUUAAGGCUUAUAUUUAUGGAGAUUCUGGUAAAACGGAAGGGCCUCAAGCUAAACCCGAUAUCUGUCAUGUACUAUGUUAGCCCAUGCAGUGCUCUUUGCCUUUUAGUUCCAUGGAUCUUUUUGGAGAAACCAAAGAUGGACGAACAGCUAACAUGGACCUUUCACCCUCUUGUUCUAACUCUAAAUUGUAUAUGUACCUUUGCCCUGAAUCUCUCUGUUUUCUUGGUGAUCUCACAUACAAGUGCCCUGACCAUUCGUGUCGCUGGAGUUGUCAAAGAUUGGGUGGUUGUACUGCUAUCUGCCCUACUUUUUGCUGAUACGAAGCUGACACUAAUUAACCUUUGUGGUUAUGCUAUUGCUAUUGCAGGUGUAGCUGCAUAUAACAGCCACAAGCUAAAAAAGGAAGCUACCCGAGUAAGCUCAGACGAGUCUCAAGCUGCUUCAUCUAUACCGUUAGUAUCAUCUUCAACAUCCAAUGCAUAGAUCUACGUGAAGAGCAGUCUUUGCAUGUAAAGGAGCAUAAGUCUGCAAAUUCCACUAUGUUCUUUUUUCCUUUUUGGCAAGGAAGGGUUGGUUCAUUCUUAAAAGUGAUGCAUUAUUUGAUGCUGCUUCAUAUUGUUGCUUUAGAAGAAGCUAGAGUUAAACAUGGUGAUAUUGGAGACAUGAAGUUGUCUAAGGAUUCGGCAUUCUCUGAUUGUUUUCUGCUGCUUCUGAAUUCAAGUUAUAAGCAGUGUAUAAUGUAGAGGAUCCCACCCUUUCUUUUAAACACGAAAGGUUGGACACAGACAUUCUUUUGGUUGGACAUAGACAUCGAUGACUGCUGACUGUUGAUAUGUUAAAACUGAUUCCAAAUGUAUUAAAUUUUGAAGCAGUUCCUGGUAUUAAAAAUUUUUCAAGUGUAUAGCUGUUGGUGGAAUUGAGUUGUUUUUAGACAAUUUUCUUUGUAAGGUUCAUUGUUUUCGCUUGAAAUCAAGACUUAUGACUGCCAUUAAUAUUGGUUACCCGUUCUAUUUUUA